AUGGCAUCCAUAUUCACUUAUGACCCUGACCCGCCUCGCGUUUCCUCCCCGUGGUCGGCCUCAGGAUCAUCGACCCCUCAAGUCAACGUGUCAGGGACUCGAGGAUUAACAAUUCGAACACGCAGCGGUUCAGCGCUAGACUCCGGUAGCCAUGACUUCUUAUCGGACUAUGGUAUCAGCAAGUUGGAACCGGAACCCCAGGAGGGCCCCACCGAGUACAAGUUGCACCUACUGCUCCGUCCUCGACGGCCGUAUCUUUCCAUGUCAACAGGCCAUGUUGUUGCAGGCUCUUAUCAUUCUCGCAACAGUCUAGCUCCUCUUUCAAUAUCUGCGUCCCCGUCUCAAGAUGCAACUCCAAAGCCCAUGCAAGCCAAAUCGGCCCAGAGCCGGCAGCAACGGCUACAAGGGCUGACUACGCAAUUGCUUUGGCGGCUGCAGCAGUCUUCACCAUUCCAUUCCUCCACCACGGCAAAUCUGGUAGUCCCAGUGCUUCCAGACAUAGCGCCUGAAUUGGGCACUCUUCCUAAGCCUGUUCGUCUACUUCCUGGUUUGGAAGAAAGCCAAGGUGCGCUGUAUGAGAUCGGAAUUGCCGACGACGGCACGUUCGUAGGCUUGACUCAAGAUGAACUCGAGGAAAGUGUCGUGACUCUACAGACCAUGGCGGGUAGUCUUGGCUGUAAAGUCGAGAUUUUGCGGCGGGUAAUAGUUGGGAAAUGUGAGUGGACAGACGACUUAACGACAAUACCGGACGCAAAAAAUACUCAUAAAGACAGCUUAUGGGUCGCGGAAGCUCUGGUUACGCCGGACUUAGACUUCUAUAAUAUGUCACCUUCCCAAUCCAGGCAAAAUGGCGGUGAUGCUCAGAACUCUGAGCCCGGGAUGAACUCGGUCUUGGGAGAGGACUACUCUUCCACCGAGCAAAUUCGAAUAUCUAUCGCAGGUCCUAGUGCUGCAGGGAAAUCUUCUUUACUGGGGGCUUUGACUUCGUCUCAACUUGACAAUGGGAGAGGCAAGAGUCGGCUUGGUUUGCUCAAGCACCGACACGAAAUAUCUUCCGGAAUAACCAGUUCAGUCGCCCAGGAGUUGAUUGGAUACGCAGAUGAUGUGCCUACAAGUGUCGUGAAUUACGCCACUGGUAAUGUUGCGGCUUGGGACGAUAUUCAUGCGGCUUCGCGCGGAGGCCGCCUGGCUUUUGUAUCCGAUCUUCCAGGCUCCACUCGUUACUUGAAAUCCACAAUAAGAGGGCUUGUCAGCUGGGCGCCGCACUAUGUGAUGCUUUGUAUACCAGCUAAUUGUGGCGAAGAGACAGUUGAUGCUGAUGCGGGCAACGAUCAUGUCGCCGAGAUUGAAAUUUGCCUAGCUUAUUUGGAACUUCUUCUGAAACUUGAGAUUCCAGUUCUAGUCAUAAUUACAAGACUCGAUAUUGCUUCUCGAGCUGGAUUACGGGAAAACCUUGCGAAAGUUCUGUCUGCCCUGAAAACCGCAAACCGCAAGCCUGCAAUGCUUCCCGCAUCACUCGCUGGGGAUAAGAUCCCCGACCUACAGCAGAUUAGUGCAGGAGACAGCAAAAUUGCCCAGACUCUCAUCCAAACAACCAAUGGGAACUGGGACUAUACCGUGCCUAUUGUCCUCUCCAGCGCCGUCGAUGGCUCGGGGAUAGGACAAAUCCAUGCUUUUCUUCGCCACCUCACAAUACCAUCAGUCCCACGCCAGAGAGCCUUGCGCUUACCAAAGUCAAUAUCGCACCACGAGGAUCCCACAAACAUCUUUGAUGUAGAUGAGGUUUUCGCCAUCCCACCAUCUAAAGUAUACUCGAUGUCCAACGAUAAGAGUACCCCAGAAAGCCGCGGAAUGGUAUUAUGCGGUCUAGUCCGCCAUGGCAGCAUAUCAAUCGGUGAUGAGAUGACAAUCGGUCCCAUUCUCGUGGACACAUCAGCUGAUAACACCACCGACAACCCUUCUAUAACUCUACUCUCCCGCAGCAGUGGUCCAGGCCCCUCAAAUAACUUCCCAGCAUCAUUCUCCCAAGCCACACUCCCAGGCCGAGACGGCUCAUCCACUCAAGCCAAGUGGCAGCGCGUCCGUGUUGUCAGCGUCCGCGACCUUCGCCUCCCAGUCCGUCGUUUAAUGAAAGACCAAGUCGGUACGAUAGGCAUCGAGCCUCUUACAUCACCAGAGGAGAAACUGCCACGUCUUAGCCGUAUCCGUAAAGGCAUGGUUCUAACAAAUCUACACACAAUCUCUCUACCGGUUCCUCCAACCAAGCCAUCUCCAUCAUCUACUUGCCCCCCAUCAAUACUCUCAUUGCCCUUCCACACAGGCUUCAUGGCCACUUUCCCCGCAUCUGAUUUCUCUGCUCUGAGCUCUCCUCCCCUUCUUCUAGGUGGAAACGCCAUCGUCUACAUUGCAAACAUCCGCACAACUGUCCGCGUCGUUUGCAUGGCUCUGGCAGGAACAGAUGACGAGCUUCCGUCUGGACCGCCCUCCCCCUCUGAACCAGAAUUCUUCAGCUUCGACGGUGACGCCCAUUCCCCCGAUACAGGGGAGAAGGCUAGUAGCCAGACACCCCGGCGGCGUCCAUCAGCGACUGAUAUCAAUAAACUUGUUUCCGGUGUGAAUAGCGAUCCGCAAGCAAAGACGGGAACAUUCAAAGAGAAUGUCCAGAUAACGUUUGCGCUUGUAACUUCUGUAGAGUGGAUUGAGCUUGGCUCCCAGGUUCUUGUCAUGCCUGGUAUUACCUUGGGAGCAUCUUCUGGUACAACGAGCGUGUCAGCGCCUGGGCCUAAUGCGUCUGCUGGACCAGCGACGUUGUCUGGACUUGAAGGGUUUGUAGGAAGUGUUAGCGAGGUUAUUCCGGGGAGGAAUACGAACAGUAUAGGGAGCGAAUAG